ACGCCGCCGCUUCUCCUCUCUCCCUUGAAUUCCGAUAGAUCCAGGAGAGAGAGAGAGAGAGAGAGAGAGAGAGAGAGAGAGAUAGCAAUGAGGUCGCUGAUGCAUCUCUUCUCCCUCUACUUGCUGCUCUUCUCGGCGAGCUACGACUCCUUCGUGCACCGAGCCCUCGCCGACGGCGUCACUCCGGUGGAAGCUCAGCAGCUCCGCGACGAGGUUCGGGGAAUGUUCUAUCACGCGUUCGAUGGCUACAUGGAGCACGCCUUCCCCAAAGACGAGCUUCGACCCCUUUCGUGCCAAGGAGAAGAUACGAUCGGAAAUUAUGCCUUGACUCUGAUCGACUCCUUAGACACGUUGGCUUUACUUGGCGACCGUGAACGCUUCGCAGCUUCCGUGGAAUGGAUUGGUAAAAAUCUGCAAUUUGAUAUCAAUAAAACAGUGUCUGUGUUUGAAACGACGAUCAGGAUCCUCGGAGGUUUGCUUUCUGCUCAUCUGAUUGCAAGUGAUUAUGCUACGGGAAUGAGAAUCCCCUCAUAUGAAGACCAAUUGCUGCACCUAGCUGAGGAUCUUGCAAGGAGACUGUUGCCUGCAUUUGACACUCCAACAGGAAUACCCUUUGGGUCUGUCAACCUUAUGCAUGGAGUUGAUGAACAUGAAAGCAAGAUCACUUCAACAGCUGGUGGUGGGACUUUGACCCUGGAAUUUGGGGUACUAAGCCGCUUGACAAAUGAUCCAAUUUAUGAGGAAGUGACAAAGAAUGCAGUCCAUGGGCUGUGGGCACGCCGGUCAAAGCUCAACCUAGUUGGUGCCCAUAUUAAUGUAUUCACUGGAGAAUGGACGCAGAAGGAUGCUGGAAUUGGGACAAGUAUAGACUCUUUUUAUGAGUAUCUCCUGAAGGCUUACUUGUUGUUUGGUGAGGAAGAGUAUUUAUAUAUAUUCCAAGAAGCUUAUGCGGCCGCCAUGCACUAUCUACACAACGAUCCUUGGUAUGUAGAGGUAAAUAUGGACUCUGCUGCAAUUGUAUGGCCUCUGUUCAACAGCUUGCAGGCAUUCUGGCCUGGCCUUCAGGUUUUGGCUGGGGAUAUUGACCCUGCUAUUCGAACUCAUGCGGCCUUUUUUAGUGUCUGGAAAAGAUAUGGUUUCACACCAGAGGGUUUCAACCUCGCAACACUGAAUGUCCAGCAAGGCCAGAAAAGUUACCCAUUGCGUCCAGAGUUAAUGGAAAGUACAUAUUUGCUCUUCAAAGCAACUAGAGAUCCAAGAUAUCUUGAUGCUGGACGCGACAUGGUUGCUAGCUUGCAGUAUGGUGCCCGAUGUCCUUGUGGCUAUUGUCAUAUAUCGGAUGUAGAAUUUCACAAGCAAGAAGACCAUAUGGAGAGCUUUUUCCUGGCAGAAACAGUCAAAUAUUUAUGGCUUCUAUUUGAUUUGGCUGCUGGUCCAGAUAACCUUGUUGAGAAUGGUCCAUACAAGUAUGUUUUUAGCACUGAAGGCCACUUACUACCUGCAACCCCUCAAAUAUCUCUAGUGCGGGAGCACUGUUCAUACUUGGGGGCUUACUGCAGGAGCGGGGAUUCAAGACGGAAAUCUUUUACUUCUGAUACCUCAUAUGGUGAGCAGAAAAACUACACUAAAGAAUAUGGGAGUCGGAUACACACAUAUCUCCCCUCUGAGACAUCUUAUGCAUCUGCACCAUUCUCAGGUUUCAUCAAGGGGGUUUGUCCAGGACUGACCCACGGACAGAAGUUUGGCAUUUCGUACCUGAAUCCUACUUACACCCAUGAUAAUAACAGUGACUACAAAGACCGAGACCAAGGAGAGCAUAGUGUGGAAGAGAGACAUUCGAUAGUCAUCGAUGCUGCUGAUCAGGAUGAUGGAAAAGAACAAUCUGACAACAGCGAGUACAAUGAAGACAUACGGGAAUCUGGAGACGGUGGGUCACAAAGUGUAAAAGAUCCUGCGUUCCAGAGCAAUUCAGCGGUCAUAGUUUUUAACGAUGAUGAUGGUAAUAGAUUAACUGAUGACAGCAAUUACAAUCAUGAUGACCGUGAAUCAGGCGAUGAAACAUCAGAAAAUCGUUUCCCUCAAAGAUGACGAAGGUGUUUGAGUUGAUACAAUCUUGCAGUUGCCAGAAACAAAAGUGACAAUGCAUAACCCCAGUUUGGAUGUUAGCUGACCUCCCAAUGCACACCGGCAUAGGAACGUGCGCAGCUAGAUGGUGCUAUACUGGAGGUCUUGAUGAAUUUUUGGCUUGGUAUGGUCCAUGAAUUAGAAAGAGGCUCGAACCACUCAGCUUUUAUGCAAUGGGAUCGCCUGCUAAUGGGGAAUGGAUCCUUGAUUGUGGGUUGCGCAUGGUAAAUGUGGAGACAUUGGAUAAUUCACGGUUUUCGUUGGUCAAUUAGACACUUCACAGGAUACAGAUUUAUUUGUUAGUAAAUUGGAUAAAUCAUCCAUAAAUUGUCGUUAUUUUAUCGGAAGUGUAAUAUGCUAGCUGAGCAGAGAUGGCACUUGGUAAAAUGAUUUUGUACACUUCUAGAGGAACUCUUUAAAAGAUUGUUUCUGGUAUUUAGACUGUAUAAAGCAUAGCAUUGGCCCUCGAACAA